CCGGCGACCACGUCGAUCGGUGCAGGUAACAACCGGUUUGCGGGUCGUCCGCACGCAGUAGCUUCGGCCACUCCAGCGCUCCGGUCCCCUCGGCCGGCCGGCCUACAGGUACCAGCAGGCUCUCCGUACGCCUAAUACGCAACGCACACCUGCGCCGCCGCCGCCGCCGCCGCCGACGAACUGCCGAUCCAGAGCUGCUCGCCCGGGCUCUCCCGCGGAACAGUCUCUUGGCGCGUGCACGCCGGACCGUUCGCCCGACACUCGCGGUACCGAUAUCGAGACGACGACGGUUGUACCGAUGAUUCGCCGCGGUCGACGCGACAACUGCGUACAACGCAUCACACUUGCCGUGCGGCUCCACUAAACUACAGUACUAUCGUUGACAUAAUCUCGUAAACAUUGUGCGCACGCUUUUUUUCUUUUUUCAUUUUUUUCUUUUUUGCCGACCUUUCGCGGUGACGUUUCCCGUGCGCGACGCGCGGCGUGCAAAGGCUUCUGCCCGGUAUAAGAUACGUUUUUCGAUUUUUCCUCCUCGACCCGCGGCCGCCGAACAGGUCGUAAAGUACAACGUUACGACGCGUUAUUCGCUCGGAUCAAAUGCGUAAAGGGUCACACAUUUAUAAUUCCUAAUUUCACAAUUAUGGAUAAUUUGAAAUAAAGAAGUGAAAUACGUUUAUUAUGCAAAAAAAUAUGCAUUAAAAUCACGAAUAUGGAUAAAAAUAUUACUUCUACGUCAGAUUUAGCUUCUUUGGACUGCUGGGAUUAUACUAUCGAGUUGGAAUGUCUUCGUGGUCCACAAGACUUACAGCUAGCUGCUGAACUAGGCAAAACUCUGCUAGAGAGAAAUAAAGAAUUGGAAACAAACUUGAGACAACAACAAAAUGUCGUGGAAGAUCGCAAUCAAGAGAUUGAGUAUCUUACCAAACAAACGGCCGCUCUGAGAGAAGUGAACGACUCCAGGCUACGUAUUUACGAGCAACUGGAAAUCAGUAUCCAGGAUCUAGAGAGAAAUAACCAGAGGCUCGUUCAAGAAAACAUAAAUGACAAAAAACAAAUAAAAAGUUUAUACGACACAAUCGAAAGUUUGGAAAGUCGCUGCGAAGAUUUGCAGCACCUGGUCGACGACAUGGGUCAUUUGAAAAAAGACGACAGCGUAGUCAGCGAAGGCAAUGGUAAUGGAGUAGCUGUAAUCGAAGAUCAAGAUGAAUAUGCUAAACUUGCUUCACAAUUGGAGCAUGCGAAAAAUCUAAGAGUCAAGGAACAGAGAAAAGUGUCUGAACUAGAACAAAACGUGUCUUUACUUAUACAGGAGAACACUAAUCUAGAAGAAAAAGUGAGUGUAAUGCAACAAAAAGACGAAGAACUGAAAACGCUCCAAGAUCAAAUCGUCUAUUUAGAAGAAAUUAGGCAAGGAAACCUAUGUCGGCGUUGUCAGCGUAGUACUGACCCAAACCUAUUCGACGAGUAUUCAGUGUACGAUGACGAUGAUGACACCGAUGAUAUUAGUGCUAUAGGAUCAUAUGUCGAAACUCACAAACACGAAGUCUUGCAACAGUUACAAGAGACGUUGGGUGAGAACUAUUCAGAGGACAAUCCUUACCGAAUAUUGGUGGACAAAUACGAGGCACUGUUGAAGAUCCAACAGAAGCACAACGCGUUCACGCCGAUGGUGCCGUCGACCAACGUCAACAACAACAACGUGGGCAACAAUAAGGACGUCCAGAACCGAGGCAUAUCGUUGCACGAAGAGCUACAGAUGUCUGGGCAGUUCUCGUCGUUCAAUGGCAACGCGUCGGAUAGCGACGACAGCAGCGACGAUGGCGGCCUACCGACCAGCGGACGGGCGGCACCCGGAUCCGGAACUACCGGGGACGGGGGGGCCGCGUGUAAGUAUUCCGAGGCAGAGACGACGUCGUCGUCGGGCUUCUCGGACGAGACGAGCAACAAGGGCACGCAGACCGAAACGUUCUUCACCGGUUCGUUCCUGUGCACCAUUUCGGACGGCGACGACUGCCGGUUCAGCAUCUACGACGACGCCAGCCCCGUGGAGAGCCGGUUCCGGAAGACGCCCGAGUACCGUCAACUUUUCCGUGAGAUAUUCGCCGUACUCAAACGGGCGGCCGAGGCCAAGGACGAGGGCGAGAAACUGCCGCUGCUCCAGGACGACGACCGCGGAUACGAGGGCGACGACGGCGACGACGCUACCGACACGCCCACCUGCGGCCGCUCGUCCGCGUCGACGGCUGCGACGCCGCGAGUGCCACCGGCCACGCCGGCCUGCGAGCACAACCCGUUGAUGUCGACCAUAGAGUCGGAGACGGUCGAACGGCGCCCGACCACGCCGCCGCCAGCACAGCGAAGGCAACGGGUGGAUGACCAACAGCAGCGACCACCGGCUACCGCGGCCGAACAGCAGCCACAGCACCAACAGCAACAGCAGCAACAGCAACAGCACCAACAGCAACAGGAACAGCAGCAGCAGCAGCAACAGGAACCACGCCGUCGCCGUCGGGACAUCAUCGAGGAGCUGGCGUCCACGGUCAAGCACAAGAAACACGUCCGGCACCGCAAGUCGACCGCGGCCAGUCAACAGUCCAAGGACAUCAGCCACUUGUUGGACUUCAAGUGGACCGACCAGGUGACGCGCCGACAGCCCAGGAGCGGCAGCGGCGACAGGCCGUCGUCGUCGCACAGGUCUACGUGGUGCGCCGCCCCGAAGGACGACGCGGAAUCGUCGCCCGCCGCGGUCCAGCCGUACGCCAGCGCCGCGUCUCAGGAAGUGGCCAAACUCAAGCUACUGGAGAAGUCGUACGCCGAGGUGUUAAGACUGAGGAAAGUGCCACCGACGUCGUCCAACAGACCGCAAUCGCAGUACCUACAUUAACUGGAUCGUGUGAUGAUGAUUUUUCGCUAAUAUGGGUUAUGAUAAUUUGUUAACUCUACUACGUAUUUAAAUUUGUUUUUUCAAAUCCUUUAUUCCUAUAAUAUUAUAAGCCCGUCAAGGGGUUGAACAAAAAAAAAAUAAAAAAAUUAAUUUAAGACUAUUGAAAAAUCUCCCCGAUAAUUUGUGAUCCAGUGGGAUUUUGAUUGCUCCAUUAAUAAUAUUGUUAUUUAAAUUUUUUUUUUUAAUUUUAUUAUUAUUAUUAAUGUUGAUAAUUAUGAAACCUAUAUAUAUAUAUAUAUAUAGUAUUAGCGUACCUCUACUAAAUUUGUUUCCACCGUUGGUUUUUUUGUAUUCAUAAUAUUAAUAACGAUAUUACUUAAACAUUUUUUUUAUUCUUUGAGAC